AUGGAAGGUGGAAGAGGUACUAUAAGUAGCAGUGGAAUCACAGUGGUGGGAUCAGAUGCUCCUUCGGACUACCAUGUGGCUCCAAGGACCACUGAUAAUCCAAUUCAGAUGAGUGGAUCAGCGCUGCCUCCUCCGCCGUCGACCACCGAUGCCGGAGUGAGUGUCGCCACUGUUGAGAAGAAGAAGAGGGGCAGGCCUAGGAAGUAUGCCCCUGAUGGCUCUGCCGCUAAGCCCCUCUCACCUAAGCCGAUAUCCUCCUCGACCCCUACACCGAUGAUUGACUUCUCGGCCGCGGAUAAGCCCGGAAAAGUCCGUAUGGCGCAGCAUACGAGAAUGGAGCCGGAGAAUUUGGGUGAAUGGGUUUCAUGUUCUGUUGGUGCUAAUUUUAUGCCUCAUAUCAUCACUGUCAAUGCUGGAGAGGAUGUCAUGAUGAAAGUGAUAUCUUUCUCUCAACAAGGUCCUCGGGCUAUAUGCGUUCUCUCGGCUAAUGGCGUGAUUUCUAGCGUAACACUUCGUCAACCUGAUUCUUCAGGUGGCACAUUGACAUACGAGGGUCGUUUCGAGAUACUGUCGCUGACUGGAUCAUUUAUGCCUUCCGAGAUUGGAGGAAUGAGGCACCGAUCUGGUGGUAUGAGCGUUUCUUUAGCUAGCCCCGAUGGUCGUGUUGUUGGGGGUGGUGUUGCUGGUUUACUGGUUGCUGCCAGUCCCGUCCAGAUUGUGGUUGGUAGUUUUUUGGUGGGGAAUCAGCAUGAACAGAAGACGAAGAAACACAAGACACAGUCGACGACUAUUAUACCUACUGCUGCCAUUCCUAUCUCCAGUGCAGGGGCGGAAGAACCGCAUAAUGCCAACUCUUCUUUCCGUGGAGAUAGCUGGUCUUCAAUGGGCCCCGACUCUACGAAUAAACCCACUGACAUCAACAUAUCUUUGCCUGAGUAG